AAGAGAAAAGGCAAGCUUCAACAUGAAGAGGAGGUGGUAACUUGGCUUCCCUGCAUACCCCAGUGAGAGCACCGUUUGUCUCCUUGCCAGCCAACUGAUGGCUUCCAGGUCAACAAAGAUGCCCGAUGACUUCAAUAUAUAUUAUCUUCUCAAGGGUGUCGUUCCCUUGGAGAGCUCAGAGGAGCCUAUGGACGAAUCCAGGGAUGAAAUGAAUCCACAGUACCAAGGACUGACUGGCCUGCGUAACCUAGGCAACACCUGCUAUAUGAACGCCGUGAUGCAGUGCCUUUGCAGUGUCUCCCCGCUGGUGGAGUAUUUCCUCUCCGGAAAGUAUACAGCAUCACUAGACAAGGAGAAUGGAGAGAUCGCAACAGCCUUUGCUUACCUGAUGAAUGAUAUGUGGCUUGGAGACUUUGACUGUGUAUCGCCAGAGGUGUUUAGAUUGGUCUUUGGCGAGCGAUAUCCUGCAUUCAUCAAGAAGACGCAGCAAGAUGCUCAGGAGUUUUUGAUAUAUGUGCUGAAUGAACUGCAUGAAGCUCUCAAGAAGACAAGCAAGAGAAAAAGCCAGGGGACCACUUCUGCUGCUUGGGAGUCCAGGGGCUGCACCGGCGAGUCCUCCAUUAUCACCCGGCUUCUUGAGGGUCAUCUCAGUUACGACAUCGUGUGUUUGGAAUGCCAAACCACCACUUACAAAAAUGAGAUCUUCACUGUGUUAUCUCUGCCCAUCCCUUAUGAAACUGAAUGCUCACUAGAGGAAUGCCUUGAAUGCUUCUUUCAGCAAGACAUGCUGACUUGGAACAACCAGAUAAAUUGCUCCUACUGUGGAACGAAGACGGAUGCUGCAGUGAAAGCCAGCAUAGCAAAGGCUCCAAAGACAAUUAUCUUCCAUCUAAAGAGAUUUGACUGUCAAGGCAGUUACAAAAAGAAAUUGAAAACUGACAUCUACUAUCCACUAAAUAACCUGGACUUGUCUCCAUAUAUAUAUCCACUCUUUCGGAAAAAUCCAAAAUACAACUUAUUUGCUGUGGUGAACCAUUUUGGAGACUUAGAUGGUGGCCACUACACGGCGGUCUGCAAACACACACUCACACAGAGCUGGUACAACUUUGACGACGCUCAGAUCACUGAAAUUCCAGAUUCUUCUGUACAAACAUCUGCAGCUUACCUCCUGUUUUACAGCAGUCAAACUUUCUCUGCACCUGUAAAAAACCAAAGUGCCCAGGAAACACCACGGAAUAUUAAGUAGGGUCCAGUGACAUCACUGGCUACUUUGCAUUGACCUGAGUUUUGGUUCAACAUUCAAGAAGAGCUGCAUUUCUUUCAGUGCAUAUUUUGGAUGGUACUCAGUGACUUAGAAACUGAUCUCUGCUCAACUUCUUCACUGAAAAGUUAGAUGUUGAUCAUCAACACAUUUUGAAUAGGCUUUCACAGAAUGUAGCACACCCCUAGAUAAAUAAAUUCUUCCAGGGCA